UUGAACUAAUUUCCGUCUGCAUGCAGGUACAAUACAACCAUGCAGUUGCAUGCAGCACACCAUCAUGACUCGGCAAAAAAAACACAUCAGCACUAGUGCCACUAGCCGGUUGAAUGAACCUGUCCAUCACCCUGCUAUCAUCGCUAUGUCAACACGGUGCUUGAGUGGCUGGCUGACUAUGGACAGUUGUCUGCAGGGCAUUUGCGACUAGUAACGGUGACAGUAAAUGACAGUCGACCUGCUACCGCCGUCACUGCCACGCGGACGAUCAUUGCUCUCGGUGAAGCGACGGCGCUCGUACCUGAUCAUGGUGAUGUGUGGCGCUGCGUGCACGGUGUGCACUCUGCUCGCGCUCUGCUCGUCGUGGCUGUACCCGGUGUCGAGCGAGAGCGAGGUGCGCUUGUUCGGCAACAAUGACUACCCAGACUACGCCAUGGUGAUGAACGGUGAAGAGCUAAAUGCGACGAAACUUGGUGACUUUUUCUGUGCGAUGUUCGAUGCUGGCAGCACAGGCAGCAGAGUGCACGUGUUCAGAUUCAGCAGGAGCAAGGCAAUCAGCGGUGGUGAUAUGGAGCUUGUAUCAGCAGUGUUUGAGCAAGUUUCGCCAGGACUAUCACAUUAUGUAGACAAUCCAAAGAGCGCUGUUGACGGCAUACUCAGAUUAUUAGAUGUGGUGAAAUCCAGUGUGCCGAGAGAGCUGUGGGAGAGUACACCAAUGGCAUUAAAGGCCACUGCAGGGUUGAGGCUGCUGUCCGAAACUAAAGCACGACUUUUGCUCAAGGAGGUAGGUAAUGUGUUCAAGCAGAGUCCGUUCCUGACAGACAAGAGUUCAGUGCGAAUCAUGGAUGGGAUCGACGAGGGCAUCUUCUCCUGGUUCACUGUCAACUUUCUCAUCCGUAAGCUCCAUCAGGGUUCCGAUACUGACGGAGCUCUGGACCUAGGUGGCGCUUCAACCCAAGUCACGUUUGAGCCACAAAGUAGUGAGUCAGCAAUAGCGGCGCCGUCUGGUUUCUUGCAUAAAUAUGAGGCGCUGGGAAAAGAAUUUAGCCUUUACACACACAGUUACCUGGGUCUCGGUCUGAUGUCAGCACGGCUAGAGAUGAUGGGAGUUGAGGAGGAACCUAGUGAGAGUCGCCUGAACUAUGCACAGACGCCUGUGGUCCUGACUAGUCCCUGCAUCCCAGCCGGCCACAACAACCUAUGGUCCCACGGUGGUCGUGACUACAACAUCACGAACGACCUUACGCGACCUCACAUCAUGUGUUUUCACGAUGCGCGGGUAUUGGUGCGCAGCCACAAAAUACACAAACCGGCUGAGGUGCAUACGGAAGUCUUCUAUGCCUUCUCCUACUACUAUGACAGAGCCGUUGACGCAGGCCUGAUCGAUAUGCAACAUGGUGGCACCGUCAAAGUUGGCGAUUUUUACAGUGCUGCAAAGCAUGAAUGCUUUCUGAAAGAUUCACAGGAGACAUUUCUUUGUAUGGAUCUGGCUUACAUAAGUACCUUACUCCAUGAAGGUUUUGGGUUUAAAAAGUCAGCCGAACUCCAGUUGAGAAAAAACAUCAAUGGUGUGGAAACGAGUUGGGCAUUGGGAGCAACAUUCAGAAUGGUGAAUGGGUCUACAGUGUGAGGCAGCAAAGUGCUCUCAGGCAUUAUCCACAUACGCACGCACAUCUUAUACACUAGCAUGCAUUAUUGUUCUCAUUUUAUGUUGUGUGAGCACUUUUAAUUCAUUUCGACAUUUGAACGUUUUUGUUUACAUUUAAUAAAAUUCUUCUGUCACUCCUUUAUCCCCCUCUUACUUAUAUUUGUUUCUCUGCCAACUUGAUUCCCAUGUACUUCUUUAUGCUAUCUCCUACCACUACCUCCUCAUACUCAUAGCCCAUCUUAUUAUCAUCGUUCAUUCUCAGGGGAAAAUUUGUAUACCUUGUAGUAAUAUGGUAUAAAACGGGACAAGACUUGGUGAUAACUUGAUAUUUCUACUUUAGCUGUAUAUAUUGCCAAUCCGACCCCAGGCAGUAUGUUCAUUUUUGGUAUUGCUUUAAUUUCUCAAUAUUGAUCAACUUUCAUCCACAUACAAGGUGGGUUCAACCCACUUGCUCACAAUAAUAGACCAGCAGGAGCAACUUUGGUUUAAAUUUGUUUAUGAUAUUGCAUUUUUCUAUUCCACCUUGCAAUCUGUUUAUGAUUAGCUGUUGAUCACUCGUGCCAAUCAACUUGCUGUUUAGACAAGUGCAUAAAUUUAUUAUUUCUGUAGACAUUGUAUUAUUUCUGUAGACAUUGUAUUAUUUGUGUAAAUAUACACAAUAAUAAUAUUUUACAUAAACUAUUUUGGAUACACAAGUUAAUAAUUAUAGUAAAUAUUUGGUUGUGCACCCAUC